AUGCAAUUCCAAUCUUUAAUAUCAUUCAUCAUAUUAGCUGUGCUGGGUUCAGCUUAUCAAAUCUCAAAUGGAUUAACUAAAUAUAAUAAUAAAGAAUUAACAUUUUCCCAAAAUGAACCAUCAUUAGAAUCAAUUAUCUUGAAUGAAACAAAUUCCAAGGUUGAAUUAAAUUUCCAAAUCUUAGGUAAUGAACAACCUGAACAACUUUCAAUUAGAUUGAAAAACUCAGAAAAUGUUGAAACUUCAUAUAAACCAAUUUUAAAAUCAAUUGGAGAUGGGAAAUUUAAUGCAAAAUUAUUGAUUUCAUUUGAUUCAUUACCUUCAUUAUUUCAAAUUUCUUCAAAAUUAUCAAUUGAUCUUUUGGUUGGUAGUCGUAAAGACUCUAAUCCAAUUUUUUCCAAGAUUGGUGAUAUUGAAUUAACAAAUGAAUUAAUUUCUAAAAAUUUUGGUAAUUAUGAAAAACCUCAAAGAUUUGAAUCAUUACCUGAAAUUAAUCAUAUUUUCCAACAACCUCCAAAAACAGUUAAUCCUCAAAUUGCAUUAACUUUCAGUACAGGUUCUAUUUUAGUCCUUGGUGGAUUGAUUUUAGUUUGGGGUGGUCAAGGUUUAAUCAAUUUUAAAAAUUUCCCAUCAGGUUUAGAUUUAAUUUAUUCCAUAGUUUUCAUUGGAUUAAUUUCAAGUUUUGAAAUUGUUUUUUUCCAAUAUUAUUAUGGUUCAACAAUUUUUCAAACUAUUGGUAAAUCAACAAUUUUAUUAGGUCCAACUUUAUUUUUUGGUUCAAAAGUUUUAAAUUAUGUUGGAAAAUUAAGAUUAGCUGGAAAGCGUUAA